GUUUUAGGACAGCAAAAGUAGGUUAUGAAAGCAAGCCCUUAACAGUGUCUUGUUUGAGGCAUUAGGGUUUUGACUCAUUGUAUUGAGGGCGGGUGUGGGGAGAUCGACGAGGAAGAGGAGCGGGAGGAGCUAGACGCAGAGAAGAGGCAUGGUGCACGUCAGUUUUUAUCGCAACUAUGGAAAGACCUUCAAGAAGCCGAGAAGGCCAUAUGAGAAGGAGCGGCUGGAUGCGGAGCUGAAGCUGGUGGGAGAGUAUGGGCUGAGAAACAAGAGGGAGCUGUGGCGGGUGCAGUACGCGCUUAGCCGCAUCCGUAAUGCUGCUAGAAUGCUUCUUACUCUGGAUGAGAAGAACUCUCGUCGACUAUUCGAAGGGGAGGCGCUACUAAGGAGGAUGAACACAUACGGCCUUCUGGACGAGAGCCAGAACAAGCUCGAUUAUGUCCUCGCAUUGACCGUUGAGAACUUCUUGGAGCGCCGUCUCCAGACCCUUGUCUUCAAGUCCGGCAUGGCUAAGUCCAUCCACCACGCUCGUGUCCUUAUCAGGCAACGCCACAUCAGGGUUGGUAGGCAGGUGGUGAAUAUAGCAUCUUUCAUGGUGAGAAUGGAUGCUCAAAAGCAUAUUGAUUUCUCACUUACAAGUCCACUUGGUGGUGGACGCCCUGGCCGUGUGAAAAGAAAGAACAUGAAGGCAGCAUCAAAGAAGGCUGCUGGUGGAGAUGGGGAAGAUGAGGAUGAGGAAUGAUUAAUAUAGUGGUACUCUUGACCAAGAAAAACUUUGCUAGAUCUUUUUUUCAUCUCAUGAGAUGUUUGUUCAUUAGAGCAUUUUUGUUGCUGUGAGAUGAUGAAAUAAGUGGACUUCAAUUUUAAAUCUUACACAUUUAUUAUUAGAACAGAGCUUAUUUUGUUGCUGCAAAGAUGGCAGUGAAAUUUGGUGUAGGUUAGAUGGACUUCAAUUUUGAAAUCACAUUAUUAAAAACAGUGAUUUUGACUAUUAAUAACUUCAAUUGUUAAAUUUUUUUGUUCAGAAGA